AUGGAGGCCCGGGUAGAUCCUCGUUUCGUCGACGCCUAUCAUAAGUAUUCAGGCGCGGACGGCUGGAUACCCCGAGCCUUUGUGAACUACUUUGCGGCCACCCCCCAGGGCAACACCGCAAAGGAGACCAUCGAGCUCAUUCGAUCGAUCCACCUCUUCUCCGAAUAUCCGGUGGUAGCAGUGAACUUUGGCAUGUCUAUUCCGGACGGACUGGAUCCGCAAGAGUUUCCUCGCUUGGUACUCUUACACGCACGACCCCUGGAUGCUGCCGACAGGAGCUUCAACUUCAACAAGUUCCGCGGCUUCCUGCUGUCGAGAGUCAAGAUCGGCGUGGGGCUGGACUCUGACCAGUAUGUGGCUCCAAUGGUGGACAACCUCUUCAACAUGACGGAGCGCGAGAUCAACGAGGGCUAUCCUUUCCCCAUCAUGCCGGUCCACUUCCUGGAUUGGAACCCACAAAUGAGUAAGGCGAGGUGGUGGCAACGGAUUUGUCCUCCGCGGCAGCCCUGCACCUUCCAGACGAUGCGUUGGGGACAUGCCCACCCAACCUGGACUUUUCACGCCUUGCCGUUCCUGGGGCGCUGGCUGCGGAAGAACUUCCGUGAUGAGACGCUGCCA